UUUUCUCUCCUCCAGUCAUCCUUCACCUCUUCGUCCUCCAUGACUUUGAUAAGAGCGGAUUCCUGGACGGCCUGGAGCUCCUGCGUCUCCUGCGCAGAAUCCUCGCCAAACACCUGCAGAGGGACCCGGCGGAGGAAUCGGUGGUGUUUCUGGUGGAUGACAUUUUGGGGACACGAGACCUGAACCAGGACGGUCUGCUCAGCGCCCAGGAACUUGUCACACCGCCAGUCUCUAAAGCUGAGGACUCGCCUCCUGUUAACGUGGCCCUUCCCAUCCCCCCGGGGGCCCGUACCGGAGCCUCACCUUCCGAGGAUGAUCCUCAAUCACAGACUGACACCUCAGAAGACGAGCCAGCUCCUCCAUCAGGGACCGCCCAGGAGGAGCCCGCUGCGACCAAUCAUGAAGCUGCAUCAGUGCAGAGAGCCAAUGAGAGUGAAGAAGCGGAAGAAGAUGACGGAGAGAUACAAGUCGCGCAGGAGGAGAUGUGA